AUGAGACUAACUUUCAUACUCAUCAUCGCCUCGAUUCUUGCUGAGGGCUCGGCUCAGGCUAGAGACCAUCCCAAGCGUCAUCUAGCCACCAUCACAUAUCGUGAAUACGAGAAAGGCGAUGUGAUGGAGGAUGAGGACUUAAAGCGCUGCUUAGAGAAACCUUGCUAUGUCGCUGUGGAUUCAAGGACCGGCAAGAAUACAGUGAUUGGCGUAGUGAUGAUGAUCAUUCCUACCAAGGAAGCGAAUAAAAAGGUGGAGGAGUUGGUGAGGCAAAAGAUACCCAAAUCUGCUGAAGGACACGUCAUCGGAUAUAUCAAUUGGGUCGAAGUUUUAGAAAAGUGGCAGGGACAAUCCAUUGGCACAAACAUGUUGAACAAUAUGUUCAAAUAUAUUGGCCUCUCAAAGCCCAAGGUCGCCGCGAUGUAUCUCCGCGUGAACCCCCAUUCGAUUGGUGCCAUGGCACUCUACAAGAGGACCCAUUUCGAAUAUAUCACAUCCGAUGGCCAGUAUUAUGUCCUUGCUCGUUAUAGCUUUCAGUGA